CAGGCCGUCGUUCGCGGAAUCGCAUUUCGCCUCUGUUCCUCGUCCACCCGACAGCACAAGCACGCGUUUCGCGCGGCGAAAAACAAACGUCACGAUGCCGGCCACGGCUUAGAAACUCGUCACCAUAGUGAGACUUAUGAGACACGUGUGCACGAAAUGCGGUACGAUUUCAUAUGUCAAUCGGGGGUUGCGUAUGCCGGCCUCGCUGGUGUCACUGAUGAGUAAAAGUCUCCUUGCCAAGGGAGGAGUGACGAUACACAAAAAUCGAGAACGACAAGGAGUACUCUAUUUGAGACGACCAUACGACCCCGCCGAAUCUUAAUGUCUCCAUCGUGAGCCCUCGAUAGCUACCUUGCGCGCGAGGACGCGGUCCUGCGGGAUUCGUGAUCGACGUGGUGAGAACGAGGGACUGAGUGAAUAAGGACAAGGAUAAAGACAAUGGGAGUGCCAGACGUAGAGCAAGCAAAGAGGCGACUCCAGGAUAUAUUGAGACGGGCGCAGAAGCUGGAGAUACCGACGCAGGAGGUGAUCUCGACGAGAACGGCACGUAAACUACUCGCUAGGACGCGCAAUGUCCUGACGUGGACCAUCUGGAUCGGCGUGUUUAUUGUCCUACUAAGCGGCGUCGUUUACGCGCGCUGGCCCACAAGACAGGACGCGGAGACCGUCAGGACCGUGCUGAGGCGAACGUGUUCUGGUGCGGCUUCGGGCGAUUUUUCGGAACGAGUGGCGGCACUUCUACAAUCGUCUUCGACCCAGGAUGACUGCUAGUAGUGCGCGCUAUAACAAGUAACAGCUUUUUCUUCCCUAAUCCUGCACAUCGAUGAAAGGAAGGAAGAGGAACGAUAUCAUUCAAAGGAGGAAGUGAUUCCACACGCACGCUGCGCGUUCUAAAUGAUUUUCGUCGAGCUAAUCUGUAAGCUUUAAUGCGUUUCGAGGCAGUGUCUCCACUUUAGGCUUAAGACAUUCUUUUUUUCUCGUGGAUGAUAUUACGGCACGAUGAUAAAAAUGUCGUAGACUGAUUAUCAGAGUAAAAUGCGACUUCCACAAGACUUCGCGUAAAAUAAAGCAAUUUCUCUCGAGACUCUUCUCUUUAUGUCACUUCCAUAAAAAAUACAUCUCGCUCAAUAUCAUAUCAAUAUUGUUAUUUGUAGAUUAAAUAUGUUAAUGCUACAGAUUAGA